AUGGUUCAAUCAGCGAUUCUCGGUUUCCCCCGCAUGGGUGUGAACCGUGACCUGAAGAAGGCCACUGAAGCUUAUUGGGGCGGCAAGAUCUCGCAGGACGAUCUCCUUGCCGAGGCCAAGAGGCUCAGGCUUGCCCACUGGCAGAUCCAGAAGGAUGCCGGUGUCGACAUCAUUCCCAGCAAUGACUUUGCUUUGUACGACCAGGUCCUCUCACACAUCCAGGACUUCGGAGCUGUUCCCGAGAGGUACUCAAGCUCCAAGCUGAACCCCGUCGACGAGUACUUCGCCAUGGGCCGUGGUCACCAGAAGGAUGGCGUUGAUGUUCCCAGCUUGGAGAUGGUCAAGUGGUUUGACUCGAACUACCACUACGUCAAGCCUACUCUGCAGGACAACCAGACCUUCAAGCUUACGGCCAGCCCCAAGGCUGUGAACGAGUUCAACGAGGCCAAGGAAGCUGGCAUCAACACCCGCCCGGUCCUCGUUGGUCCCGUUUCUUUCCUCCACCUCGCCAAGGCUGACCGUGGUCAGUCUGUUGACCCCAUCGACCUCCUUGACAAGCUUGUCCCCGUUUACGAGGAGCUUCUCACCAAGCUCAAGGCUGCUGGUGCUGAGACUGUCCAGAUUGACGAGCCUGUGCUCGUCUUUGACCUUCCUGCCAAGGUCAAGGCUGCUUUCAAGCCCACCUAUGAGAAGUUCGCCAGCCUGGGCGACAAGAUCCCCCAGAUCGUUUUCGCCACAUACUUCGGCGACAUUGUCCACAACCUGGACCUGCUUCCCAAGGACGUCUACGCCGUCCACGUCGACCUCGUCAGGAACCCGGAGCAGUUGGAGACUGUCAUUGGUGCCCUUGGGCCCAAGACCAUUCUUUCUGCCGGUAUCGUCGAUGGCCGUAACAUCUGGAAGACAAACUUCAAGAAGGCCAUCGAGACUGUUGAGAGUGCGAUCCAGAAGCUCGGCAAGGAGCGUGUCAUUGUUGCCACUUCCAGCUCUCUCCUCCACACUCCGCACACACUAGCCAGCGAGAAGAAGCUUGACCCUGAAAUUGCUGAUUGGUUCUCAUUUGCCUCGGAGAAGGCUGUCGAGGUUGCCAUUAUCGCCAAAGCCGUCACUGAGGGUCCUGCUUCUGUCCGCGAGCAGCUCGAGGCCAACGCCAAGUCGAUGAACGCUCGUGCGACCUCGAGCAGGACAAACGACCCCAAGGUCAAGGACAGGCAGUCAAAGAUUGUCGAGUCUGACUACAACCGCAAGUCGGAGUUCCCUACCCGUAUCUCGCAGCAGCAGGCCAAGCUUAACCUUCCUCUCUUCCCCACUACUACCAUCGGGUCCUUCCCCCAGACCCAGACUAUCCGUGCCCAGCGUGCCAAGCUCACCAAGAAGGAGAUUGACGCUGAGCAAUACGCUAAGUUCAUCGAGGAGGAGAUUGCAAACAACGUCAAGAUCCAGGAAGAGCUCGGCCUGGAUGUCUUCGUACACGGUGAGCCGGAGCGUAACGACAUGGUGCAGUUCUUUGGUGAGCGCCUGGACGGUUACGCCUUCACCACGCAUGCCUGGGUUCAGAGCUACGGUUCCCGCUGCGUGCGUCCUCCCAUCAUUGUCGGUGACAUCUCUCGCCCCGCUCCGAUGACCGUCAAGGAAUCCAAGUACGCCGUCAGCAUUUCCAAGAAGCCCAUGAAGGGUAUGUUGACCGGCCCCGUCACGUGUCUGAGGUGGUCUUUCCCUCGUGACGAUGUGCACCAGUCCGUCCAGGCUGAGCAGCUCGCUCUUGCCCUCCGCGACGAGGUUGUCGAUCUUGAGAAGGCUGGCGUCGACGUCAUCCAGGUCGAUGAGCCUGCUCUGCGUGAGGGUCUGCCCCUCCGCUCUGGCAAGGAGCGCGAUGCUUACCUCCAGUGGGCUGUCAAGGCUUUCAAGCUUUCCACCUGUGGUGUCGAGGACUCGACUCAGAUCCACUCGCACUUCUGCUACUCCGAGUUCCAGGACUUCUUCCACGCUAUUGCUGCCCUUGAUGCCGACGUUCUGUCCAUUGAGAACAGCAAGUCGGAUGCCAAGCUGCUGAAGGUAUUCGUCGACUCGGCCUACCCCCGCCACAUCGGCCCUGGUGUCUACGACAUCCACUCCCCUCGUGUUCCCAGCGAGCAGGAGAUCAGGGAUCGUAUCGAGGAGAUGCUUCAGUACCUCAAGCCUGAGCAGCUCUGGAUCGACCCUGACUGCGGUCUGAAGACUCGCCAGUGGAAGGAGACCAAGGAGGCUCUGACCAACAUGGUCAACGCCGCCAAGUACUUCCGUGCCAAGUACGCCAAAUAA